CUGUGCUGUGCUGUGCUGUGUCGUGCCGCACUGCAGUCUCUUGUUCCUUGACUCUUCUCCUCACGUGGUUCGAGCGUGUCAGUAUGAUGGUGAUCCUGCUGAACUGUGUGACUCUGGGGAUGUACCAGCCCUGCGAGAACAUUGACUGCUCUUCACAGCGCUGCCAAAUGCUGCAGGCCUUUGAUGCGUUUAUCUAUAUUUUCUUUGCUGUUGAGAUGGUGGUGAAGAUGCUGGCUCUGGGAAUAUUUGGCAAAAAGUGUUACCUGGGAGACACCUGGAACAGACUGGACUUUUUCAUUGUAAUGGCUGGGAUGGUGGAAUAUUCACUGGACCUGCAGAACAUCAACCUAUCAGCGAUCAGGACCGUCCGGGUCCUCAGGCCGCUCAAAGCCAUCAACAGGGUGCCUAGUAUGCGGAUCCUUGUGAAUCUCCUGCUCGACACUCUCCCCAUGCUGGGCAAUGUCCUGCUUCUCUGUUUCUUUGUGUUUUUCAUUUUUGGCAUCAUUGGAGUUCAGCUGUGGGCUGGAUUGCUGAGGAACCGCUGUUUCUUACAAGACAACUUCACCCAAUCCACGGGUAUCUCCCUCCCUUCCUCAUACUACCAGCCCGAUGAAGAGGACGAGACUCCUUUCAUUUGCUCUCUGGCCGCGGAUAACGGCAUCAUGUCCUGCGGGGACGUCCCCGCGAGGAGGGAGGACGGGAGGGAGUGCUGUCUGGACAAAGACGACUACCUUCACCUGCUGGCGCUCGGAGGUCCGGAGCUCCUCAGUAACUCCAGCGCCUCUCUGGGCUGCGUGAACUGGAACCAGUACUAUACCCAGUGCCGGACCGGCGACACCAACCCGCACAAGGGAGCCAUCAACUUCGACAACAUCGGAUACGCCUGGAUCGUCAUCUUCCAGGUGAUCACGCUGGAGGGCUGGGUGGAGAUCAUGUACUAUGUGAUGGACGCGCACUCCUUCUACAAUUUCAUCUACUUCAUCCUGCUGAUCAUCGUGGGCUCGUUCUUCAUGAUCAACCUGUGCCUGGUUGUGAUCGCCACGCAGUUCUCGGAGACGAAGCAGCGGGAGCACCAGCUGAUGGAGGAGCAGCGGGCGCUGUGCCUCUCCUCCAGCACGGUGGCGAGCUUCAACGAGCCGGGAGACUGCUACGAAGCCAUCUUCCAGUACGUGUGUCACAUCCUGCGCAAGGCGAAACGCAGGACCGCCUGGCUGUACUCCGUGCUCAGAGGGGGCCACCCCGGCCCCGUCCACCGGAGGAGGAGACAGAACAAAGUGGGCGUCAACGGCAACGAGAGGCAGCCCGACGCGGUCUGCCCUCUGGAACACACCGCCCAGACCAUCGCGGCUCCCAUCGCCCUGACGAUGACCUCCGACCCCGACAGCUGCCCCCGCUGCUCCCCCGUGGGAGGGAGGGGGGGCGACGGGAGCGAGAGAGAGGCUGCGGAACGCUCGGGCGAGGAGGGAGGCCAGCCAGGGGAGCGGGAGGAGGAGGAGGAGAGGAAGAAGAAGAGAAAGGGAUGCGCCCGGUGCAAGGAACUCUGGGACGGGAUGAGGGUGAAGCUGUGGGCCAUCGUGGAGAGCAAAUACUUCAACAGAGGGAUCAUGAUGGCGAUCCUCAUCAACACUAUCAGCAUGGGAAUUGAACACCACGAACAGCCGGAAGAGUUGACCAACGUCUUGGAGAUCAGCAACAUUGUCUUCACCAGCAUGUUCGCCUUGGAAAUGAUCCUCAAACUCACCGCGUUCGGCUUUUUCAACUACCUUCGAAACCCCUACAAUAUCUUCGAUGGGAUUAUCGUUAUUAUCAGCGUGUGCGAGAUCAUCGGCCAAUCAGACGGCGGCCUGUCGGUGCUCCGGACGUUCCGUCUCCUCCGGGUCCUCAAGCUGGUGCGUUUCAUGCCGGCGCUGCGUAGACAGCUCGUGGUCCUGAUGAAGACCAUGGACAACGUGGCCACCUUCUGUAUGCUGCUGAUGCUGUUCAUCUUCAUCUUCAGUAUAUUAGGGAUGCACAUCUUUGGAUGCAAGUUCAGCUUGAAGACGGACUCUGGAGACACGGUCCCCGACAGGAAAAACUUUGACUCUCUUCUGUGGGCGAUUGUCACUGUCUUCCAGAUCCUGACCCAGGAGGACUGGAAUGCAGUUCUCUAUAAUGGGAUGGCCUCCACCUCUCCCUGGGCUUCCCUCUAUUUCGUGGCUCUCAUGACUUUCGGCAACUACGUCCUGUUUAACCUGCUCGUCGCGAUCCUGGUGGAGGGCUUCCAAGCAGAGGGGGACGCUAAUAAAUCCCACUCUGACGACGAGCGAUCGCUAUCAAACUUCGACGACAGCGAAAAACCAAAAGAUCCGCUAAACGUGUCAGAUCCGAAACUUUGCACUUUGACCUCCAAUGGGUACCUUGACCCCUGCCCCUCUGGGGUCGUGACCUCUGGGAGGCCGGCGUUCCCCCCCGAAAAAUUACACUUUGCCUGGGGGUCUAGGAAGAGUAGCAUCAUUUCACUGGGAAAAUCCGAAAGAUCUUUGCACAGUGCCCGCAAUCCCCUCCACCACCACUGGGGGCACUCUUCCUCCUGGGGCACCCGGAGGUCCAGCUGGAACAGUGUGGGUCGGAUCCCGGGGCCCAGCCGGUCCCAGAUCCAGCCCGAACAGGAAUGCCUCCUCGCGGGGCAACCGGACGUUCGCCUGCACCCCAAUCCCAGCGCCCCUCGCCCGACCUCCCUGCUGUCUCGCCAGUUCUCGAACCCCUGCCUUCGCAGAGACAGGAGGGCCUUGUCGCUGGAGCUCCCCGAAUUGCUCCGGGUGCCCGGGACGGGGUCGUCUUUAUCCGGGACGUCCCGGAAGAAGAGUUUUUCGGAAGUGGCUGGGUCCCCGACGGAGGAACACCGGGGCUGUAAUGGAAAAACCUCGCCUGCCUCUCAGCUGGUCGGAGAAGUGUUUCCAAAACUGAACACGAAAAAGGAGAGGGAGGAAUACGAAGAGGAGAUUGAUUAUAGCCUCUGCUUUCGUAUUCAGAAGAUGAUGGAGAUUUACAAGCCAGACUGGUGUGACACCAGAGAAGACUGGUCAGUCUAUCUCUUCCCCCCACAAAACCGGUUUCGGGCUCUGUGUCAGACCGUGAUAACUCACAAGAUGUUUGAUUACAUGGUGCUGGCUUUCAUUUUCCUGAACUGCAUCACGGUGGCGCUAGAGAGACCCGAAAUACCACCGCGCAGCCUGGAAAGGCUGUUUCUGACGAUUUCCAACUAUAUUUUCACUGCAAUAUUUGUGGCUGAAAUGACGCUAAAGGUUGUGGCUAUGGGUUUGUACUUUGGAGAACAAACCUAUCUUCGGAGCAGCUGGAACAUUCUCGACGGAUUCCUAGUCUUUGUGUCCCUGAUUGAUAUUGUGGUUUCCAUGGCGUCGGCGGGCGGAGCUAAGAUCCUGGGGGUCCUGAGAGUUCUGAGACUGCUGCGCACACUGCGCCCCCUCAGGGUGAUCAGCCGGGCUCCAGGGUUGAAGCUGGUGGUUGAGACUCUCAUCUCCUCUCUCAAGCCCAUCGGGAACAUUGUGCUCAUCUGCUGCGCCUUCUUCAUCAUCUUCGGGAUCCUCGGGGUGCAGCUUUUCAAAGGCAAGUUCUUCUACUGCCUGGGAGCCGAUCUCAAGAACGUCACGAACAAGUCUGACUGCCUCGCCGCCAACUACAAGUGGCUCCAUCACAAAUACAACUUCGACAACCUGGGCCAGGCUCUGAUGUCUUUGUUUGUUCUGGCCUCGAAGGACGGCUGGGUGAACAUCAUGUACCACGGACUGGACGCAGUGGGAAUUGAUCAGCAGCCCAUCAUUAAUCACAGCCCCUGGAUGCUGCUGUAUUUCAUCUCCUUUCUCCUGAUUGUCAGUUUCUUCGUGCUCAACAUGUUUGUCGGGGUCGUGGUGGAGAAUUUCCACAAGUGCCGCCAGAACCAGGAGGAGGAGGAAGCUCAGAGGAGAGAGGAGAAGAGGCUGAGGAGACUGGAGAAGAAACGGCGCAAAGCCCAGCGCUUGCCGUACUAUGCCAGCUACUGCCCUGUGCGCCUCUUCAUCCACUCCCUCUGCACAAACCACUACCUGGACCUCUUCAUCACCUUCAUCAUCUGCAUCAACGUGAUCACCAUGUCACUGGAGCACUACAACCAGCCCCGCUCUCUGGAGAUCGCACUGAAGUAUUGUAACUACUUCUUCACCACCACCUUCGUCCUGGAGUCUAUAUUGAAACUCGUGGCUUUUGGGUUCAGAAGAUUCUUCAAAGACAGGUGGAAUCAGCUAGACCUGGCGAUCGUGUUGCUGUCAGUGAUGGGCAUUACUCUUGAGGAAAUCGAAAUGAAUGCCGCCCUGCCCAUCAACCCCACCAUCAUCCGCAUCAUGAGGGUGCUCCGAAUUGCUAGAGUUCUGAAGCUUUUAAAAAUGGCAACGGGGAUGAGGGCGCUGCUGGACACUGUCGUACAGGCUUUACCACAGGUGGGGAAUCUGGGUCUGCUGUUCAUGUUGCUGUUCUUCAUCUACGCUGCCCUGGGGGUCGAACUCUUUGGAAGGCUUGUGUGCAAUGAGGAUUACCCGUGCGAGGGGAUGAGUCGGCACGCCACCUUCGAAAACUUCGGGAUGGCUUUCCUGACUCUGUUCCAGGUCUCCACCGGGGACAACUGGAAUGGGAUUAUGAAGGACACACUCAGGGAAUGCACCCCUGACGAGCGCAGCUGCCUCAGUAACCUGCAGUUCAUCUCCCCGCUGUACUUCGUCAGCUUUGUGCUGACCGCCCAGUUCGUGCUCAUCAACGUGGUGGUGGCCGUGCUCAUGAAGCACCUGGACGACUCCAACAAGGAGGCCCAGGAGGACGCCGAGCUGGACGCCGAGAUCGAGCUGGAGCUGGAGGCUCAGAGGGGGGGGCUGUGCGGCGCGGGGGAGGGGGAGCCCGCAGGAGGAGGAGGAGGAGGAGUAGGAGGAGGAGGAGGAGGGGGGGGCUGUCGCAGCAACGCGGGAGCCAAUCAUAACGCCGGACACCCCGACGGACACCCCCGGAGGCUGUACUCUCCAGCACAGGAGAAUCUGUGGCUGGACAGCGUCUCUCUUCUCAUUAAGGACUCGUUUGAAGGAGAGCUCCUGAUGAUUGAUAAUCUCUCCGGCUCUGUCUUCCAUCACUAUUCAUCUUCGCCUCUGUGUAAAGGCUGCCAGCACCACAGGCAGGAGGUUCGUCUUGCUGAAGUGGAGCAGGUGUCUCUGAUGUCAGAGCAGCUCUCUGACAAGUCCUCCUCCCCGGCGCUUCCUGAUGACCUCAGCCUGGACGACCACAGCGUUUACCAGCUGCUGGCGCGCGACAGCAAGGAGGGAAGCAGUGACUCCCGCAGCUCGGAGGAUCUGGGAGACCAGAGACCCCAGCCGGCCAGCCCAGGAGGGGAGGGGGAGAGGGAGAGGGAGAGGGGGAGGGGGAGGGACAGGGAGGGCUGCCUCUUUCAGAUCGGAGGGCCAGACAGCUGCUGUAUCCCUGCCACCACAGCCACACAGCAAAGUGUUGCUGGUUCCAGUUUAUCAGUUCUCCACCUCCCAGUAGAUUUCUUCCACCCUGCCACCGCUGCCCCCCCAGCUCCCAGUGCCACUGGUGGAGUGGAGACUGGGACCAGUGGCAGACUGACUUCCCCCGCAUCCUGGGCUUCCCUGCGAUCUCCGAGCGCCAGCAACAGACCCCUGGCAACGCAGCACACCACGCUGAGCGAGUCGUCUUUAGCGACAGGCAGUUCAGAGGGCAGCUUUGAGAACACCCUGGAAGAGGGCCUUAGCUUCAGCGUGUCUCCUCCCAGGGACCUGCCUCUCAUCUGCCCGUUGCCAAGCAACGAUCGCCACAGCAACCGCCUCAACACUCUGCACAGCAACCAGAGACCUCUAGGCAACAGCAGAGCCGAUUCCCACCCAACCGCUCAUACCCUCCAAGCCAGCAGGGGGCACCAGAGGAGCCAGAGCAGCGGGGGCAGCACCAGCCCCGGCUGCACCCAGCGGGACUCUCUGGAGCCGUCGGACGAGGAACUGGAGACCGGAGGCCAAGCCAACAACAGCGAACAUUUGUCCGAGACUUUAAGCAGCCUCUCGCUCACUUCCUUGCUGUCUCCUGCUUCUCCGGCGCCCUCUUUGGCAAAAAAGUGCAACAGCACGGGCAGCCUGGACCGAACCGGCGUUUCUAUACGGGGGAAAGACUUGCGGCUUUUUUACCCGGAGGGUUACCUCUCCGUGCCUUCGUGGGUCGCGGACGAGGGUUUGGGAGGGGGCGAGAAGGCGGACAAGGGGCAAGAGGGGAGGGAGGAUCGGGGUGCAGAUUUUAUCCGGGAAGAGUAUCCGAGAUUCGGCAGGAAAAGCAGGGUGGUGUCUUCGAGAAAAAAGAGAUGAGUCUCAUCGAGGAGCCUUGUCACAUUACCCCCCCCCUGUGAAAAUAUCGUUGUUUGUUAUUUAAUGUACUGUGUGAGUCUCAACUAACAAAGAGGUGGCCAGGAACAAGCAAUGUGAAUAUAUAACUACACACUGAAGACAGGAGUUUUGUAACGGGAUGUUGAAAAGGCAUUGGGGAAUAAUCCUGUGUCAGAAAUGGGGUUUUUUUUCAUGAGCGAAAAGCAACGAAAAGAAAUCAAGACAGAUGUUAUCUUGAAUAUGGUGAAUCGCAGAAGGACUGUGAUGCUUAUCGACAGAUAGAUGGGGGAAGGGAGAAAGAGACGCUAACGGGCUGCGGUUUUAAAAGCAAACGCUGGAUCACGAAACCACGUUUUUAAAGAAAAAAAACACGUUUUUUUUCUGAUGCGAAAAACCAAAAUAAAAUGGCAGCGAAACUCGCUUUUUCCAAAGAAUCUGGUUCCGCGGAGCUUCGUGGGGGAAAAAGCAAGGGGAACGUGAUUGAAAAAUCCACGGCCGAUGCGAGUUUGGUUGUCGUUGGUAACGUCUCUCUGGUGGAAACAGGAAGGGAUUCUGGGAAGACGAGGACGAUACGGUUUUUCAAAAGCGUUCAGAUGCACAAAGUAAAGACUUUUCAUGAAGGAGAGAUGGAAAUAUAGAGAGUUAGUGGCAAUUAAAUUAUUAAAAGGUAUUUUUCUACAUGAGCUGCGGGGCUGGGAGUCGAAACUCGAAGAAAAAUAUAAACCCAGCUGUGAGAAAAUAUUGGAAAGUUCAAAUCCGGUUUUCGAGAAAGAAAUUGAGAGAGAAAAUGGGAUGCUCGUUUUUCGUUGAAAAAUAUAACGUCGAAACGAACGGAAAUUGCGUUUCAAAAACUGCUUCCCCCCGUGGAAAACCAACGUCACUGAAUUUAGUUCUUCCAUCAAAAACAAACAAAAACAGGAAAUGAUGUCAAAAGAGACAGGAAAUAAGAGGCUCUACUUCCUCUUCAUGGGGAUCCAGACAGGAAGUUGACCUCUGGAGCUGCACAGGAAGUGACCUCGGACGCUGAAAAAGCAGGGGGCGGGGCUUGGGGGGGGGGGGAGUUGUGUUUUUUUCGUCCAAUAGAAAGCUGCUAUCUUAGAAUGAACAUUUUGACAAGUUGUCUAUUUUUUAUAAAUAUAUGAAUAUAGUUAUACAUAUCAAUAUAUUAAAUUAGUGUUUGGUUUUGGGGUGCGUUUUAGAACACAAAAAAAAACCCAUUUUGUAACAGAAACAGAAAAAAUAACAGUCAUUUAUGAGGGUGGAUUUGCUCAUGUCUGUGCUGGCUGUCAUUUCUACAGGUGCUGUAGUUAUGAUAAUGAAAUCCCAUCCUCCCAUUCAAUUAUAAUUACGGCUUCUGUUUUUUGAGUUUUAUGUAAAUUGUUUUAUUUCUGGGCUUUCGUUUUUGAUCUGCUUUAUGAAAUUAGUGUUUUUGUUUUCCAAAAUAAAAAUGAGCAUUCUAAAUCUCAUAUGGGAGAUACUGAAAUUGAAGAAGGAAUCUAUGAAAAAGACCUAUGAGUUUAUAUUGACUCAGAAAUGUCUUCCUCUAGACAAUGUGGGGAAGCUAUAAAAAAGGCCAACGAGAUGCUCGGAUAUAUUGUGAGAAGUGUUGAAUUUAAAUCAAGGGAAGUAAUGUUAAAACUCUACAAUGCAUUAGUAAGACCUCACCUAGAAUAUUGUGUUCAGUUCUGGUCACCUCGUUACAAAAAGGAUAUUGCUGCUCUAGAAAGAGUGCAAAGAAGAGCAACCAGAAUUAUCCCGGGUUUAAAAGGCAUGUCGUAUGCAGACAGGCUGAAAGAAUUGAAUCUGUUCAGUCUUGAACAAAGAAGACUACGCGGCGAUCUGAUUCAAACAUUCAAAAUCCUAAAAGGUAUAGACAAUGUCGACCCAGGGGACCUGAAAAAAAGAAACAAGGACCAGGGGUCACAAAUUAGAUAAAGAGGCAUUCAGAACAGAAAAUAGGAGGUGCUUUUUUUACACAGAGAAUCGUGAGGGUCUGGAACCAACUCCCCAGUAAUGUUGUUGAAGCUGACACCCUGGGAUCCUUCAAGAAGCUGCUUGAUGAGAUUCUGGGAUCAAUAAGCUACUAACAACCAAACGAGCAAGAUGGGCUGAAUGGGGCCUCCUCUCGUUUGGAAACUUUCUUAUGUUCUUCUGUUUUCUUUUUCUGUCAAUAUGUAUAGUAGUAACUGGACAGGACUUCCACUCUUAAGAUGUCCCUUCGUUCCUUUGCUGUCUUCCGCAGUGAGAUCCCUCUGGUCUCGGCACAUCUUCUGGGGUUUUGGUCUGGAGGCACAAUCCUGUUUUAAAUCCUUCGUCUCUUAACUGUAAUACAGCUUGAAAUCCCGCUAACAAGCCUCCAUCCUGACUGUAAUCUCGUUUUAAGUCUCCCACGCGGACUCUCCAAUAGAAAUGCAGGGAUGGGCUGUCAAUCAGUAGUUGGGGGCGGGUUUAAAGCAUUCACAACGAAUCAAUGAUAGAUACAAGUCAGGAAGGCGGGACGUUGCCCAGCAGCACCGGUAAAUGUAUUUAUCAUUAUUUUUGUAGGAGGUUUUAUUUAGGGAACAGUCAACGUGAAUUGAUGAACCAUUUUUUUCCAGUGUUUAUUCACCUAUUUCAGGUUUUUUUGGUAUUUAGGGUGUUUUAAAAACCGAAAAUCAGAAGCCAUAAUUAUAAAGCACAGCCCCCAGACACAGUCAGUAUUGCUGUAUCCCGUUUUUUUCUAUUAGAUUUCGAUGCAAACGCUUUCCCGGUAGUUCAGAUCAUCGAGGCAGUUCCGAAUCCUGUUUUGAUUCGUUUAUUACAUUCCCCGCUCCUGGCUGUUUUUUUGCUUCGGUUGCUCUGAGCGAUUCUGGGUUCCUCCAAAAAAUUUUCAAACCUGCCUUUUUUUUUAUUGAGCUGGUUCGAGGAGUUCGCCUGGUGAAUCCUAACAGGACUGAAAACGCCCGUUCUGUUCAGAUCAUGUGACUUUAUUUUUUGAAGCGUGUCUCUACAGAGAGAGUGGGCGGGGCUAGUUGAGAAGUCACGCUGUCACAUGACUGGCACGGAACAGGGGGGUGAAUUUAGAGUUCCCCACCCGAAAUCUGCUCACCUGGGGAGCCCCUAAACACACUCUCAAUACUGCAGGAACACAGAAUCCCUCAGUGUUGUUACUAAAUGGGCGUUUUUUUGCAGUCUUAUGUGUCCACGUUUUUAUGCACUAUGUCUGAAGUAUACAGUAAUAUACAGCGAACUAUCACGUUGAUUUAGAAGCAAAGGAAGUAGAAGAAAAAACAUCUGAUCUGCACAAAUUAUCAAUUUUGAAAUUUGAUUUUUCAAGGUUUGAAACUCACACACCAGCUGCUGCACCCAGUCCUGGGGUUCAGAGCUCCCCUCAAUGAAGUCUAGUGUUAUUAAUAUUGAAAUGAUCAGGAGCCAGGAGUUUGAGCAGGGUUAGAAACUCACACUAGCCCUGCUGCUGCUGCUGCUGCACCCAGUCCUGGGGUUCAGAGCCCCCCUCAAUGAAGUCUAGUAUUAUUAAUAUUGAAAUGAUCAGGAGCCAGGAGUUUGAGCAGGGUUACAAACUCACACUAGCCCUGCUGCUGCUGCUGCUGCUGCUGCACCCAGUCCUGGGGUUCAGAGCUUCCCUCAAUGAAGUCUAGUAUUAUUAAUAUUGAAAUGAUCAGGAGCCAGGAGUUUGAGCAGGGUUAGAAACUCACACUAGCCCUGCUGCUGCUGCUGCUGCACCCAGCCCUGGGGUUCAGAGCUCCCCUCAAUGAAGUCUAGUAUUAUCACUUAGCAGACAAUAAAAACCAGACAUUCACAGUGAAACAUUUCAAGGUUGAAUUUGCAAUCAGAUUUUUUUUUUUGUGUGUGUGUGUGUGUGUGGAUCGAAAAUGUUGAAAUAUAAUGUAAUAAUUAAACUACGAGGUGCAGUACAGUUUUAGAAAACAUUUGACAGAAUAAAAUGGACUUUUCGAACGCAUUUCAAUGUGUGGUGUUGUAUCUGAAGAUUCUGUGACAUUCUGUACGUGGUUCCGACUGAUCAACAAGGGCUGUAAAGUUUUAUUCCAGUUCACAAUGACAUCCCAGAAUCCUUUGGGAAACUUUGAAUUUCUAGAGCCCCAAACUAGAGCUGGUCUGCUGGACUCAGUUUAGUUUCAGUCACGCUGAUGAAGGCACUAGAGCCCCAAACUAGAGCUGGUCUGCUGGACUCAGUUUAGUUUCAAUCACGCUGAUGAAGGCACUAGAGCCCCAAACUAGAGCUGGUCUGCUGGACUCAGUUUAGUUUCAAUCACGCUGAUGAAGGCACUAGAGCCCCUCACUAGAGCUGGUCUGCUGGACUCAGUUUAGUUUCAGUCACGCUGAUGAAGGCACUAGAGCCCCAAACUAGAGCUGGUCUGCUGGACUCAGUUUAGUUUCAGUCACGCUGAUGAAGGCACUAGAGCCCCAAACUAGAGCUGGUCUGCUGGACUCAGUUUAGUUUCAGCAACGCUGAUGAAGGCACUAGAGCCCAAUUGAAAUUCAAAGUUUCUCAAACUGAAUUUUGUAUUUUGAAACGCCUGCAAAUUAUUAGAGAACUCAUUCAACAGAAUCUAUCAGGCUAAAAAUUAUAUUCCAUGGUUCAAAACAUUACAAAUUAAACACAAAAACGAUAUUCCGUUGAAUCAGACAGAGCAUUGUGAAGCACAGAGAGGUGUGGUAAAGCAUAGGGAAGCAUUGUAAAGCACAGAGAGGUCUGGUAAAGCAUAGGGAAGCAUUGUAAAGCACAGAGAGGUCUGGUAAAGCAUAGGGAAGCAUUGUAA